AAUUAAUUAAUAAAACAAUUGUAAAAAAAAAUACUUCUGAAAAAUGGAUUUUAAAUUAACGCUUGUAAUUCAAUUAUUAGUUGCAACUUUAACCAAUCAAUUUACUUCAUUUCCUCCUGAUGUGAAAAAUCAUAAAAAUUUACAAUUUCUCAAUCAUGAUUUAUGUGGACCAAUUAAUGAAUUCAAAGCAUUUGGUGGGACUGAAGUUGAAAUUUACGAUUUUCCAUGGAUGGCUUUAUUGCAAUAUGAAGUUAAAGAUGGAAAUAAAACAUAUCUUCGAUUUUUAUGUGGCGGUUCAAUAAUAAACAAUCGUUAUAUUCUAACAGCUGCACAUUGCGUUAAAUUUCACUAUAAAAAUGCUUUAUUGAAAUCAGUGAGAUUGGGCGAACAUAAUUUAAAUACAAAUCCAGAUUGUGAUAUGAAUUAUUAUAACAAAGAAUUGAUUUGCGUUGAAAAAUAUCAGGAAUAUGAAAUUGAAAAAAUAAUUCCACAUCCAAAAUAUAAUUCAGUUUUAUUAGGAAACGAUAUUGCAUUAUUGAAACUAAAUCGUGAUAUUGAUUUCACUAUUAAUAUUAAACCAAUUUGUUUGCCCAUUGGUCGUGCUUCAAAUUUACUUCAAAAAAUGGUAACGGCAAGUGGAUGGGGAUUGACGGAAAAAAUGUCAUUUAGUGCUAAUUUAUUAAUGGUGCACUUGCCAAUAAUUUCAAAUGACGAAUGUAAUGUUAUUUAUAAUAAAUAUUUGACGAAAAAAAUUCAAAUAAAUAAAAAACAAAUGUGUGCGGGUGGAAUUAAAGGACGUGACGCAUGUAGCAGAGACAGUGGUGGACCAUUACAAUCACCUGCAGUUUACAAUAAAAAUGUAAGAUUUGUACAAUAUGGUAUUGUUAGUUAUGGAUAUCCACAAUGUGGAACUGAAGGAAUACCAGGUGUUUAUACAAAAGUUUCAUAUUUCACCAAUUGGAUUCUAGACAAUAUUGAUAAAUAAUUCUUUUUUAACAAAAAAUAAAUUAAAUUAAAUUCCUUUCAAAUUAAUUAAAUUAAAUUUUUUUCAAUUUAAUUAAUUUGAAAGGAAUUUAAUUUAUUUUAAAUAUAAAUUAUAUUUUUUUAAUUCAAGAGCCUAUUGAACUUUUACCCGUUUUACACUAAUGUAAAGAUCCCGGGGAAAUUUUUCUUUUAAUUUAAUUUAGGGACAAGAAACAAAAAUUAGAUAAUAUAAUUGUAAAAAUUUAAAUUCUUAAUUAUCUUAAAAUUUAAAGUAAUUAUUUUGAUUUUUUUUCGUUUUAUC